CUAUUACAAUAUGCUCUAAAAAAAAUGUAUGAACUAGUACAGUUUUUGUCAUCUAGCUAGUUUAGCUAAACAGUCGUUCGCAUUUCUUAAUAUUGGAGCUUUGUGAUACACUCAAUCAAUAUAUAUCAUCAGUAGGCUAUAUAGUAGGCUCACCGCUCAUUUGAAGUAUACAAGUUACAACAGUCAACACUAUCGGCAUAACAUUGAUAAUAAGAAACAUCACUGGGUCGUUUGUGGCCAACUUCAUGGCUGUCGGAAACGAUCCGAACUUCUGUUCGGUACAUAUUUUAACGCUAUUGAAUAGUCGAAAAAUUGUUAACAGUUGACACAUUACACGGUAAUAAUAAUUAUUACAUCUACAAACUUUCGUACUAUUUUAUAGCCGCUACAGGACAUAGUAAAUUUGACAAGUUCGAUUAAAAUUUAAAAGCCAAUAACGUCUCUUAACUCGUUCGCAUUGCAAGUUUUCAUAACCGUGACGAAAUGCAAUUAAAAGGUUUAUCGAAAUCCAACGACAACGCGCUGUUUUUUUACCUUAUUAUGUUUGUAUAUUUGCAUAAAUUAAACAUGCAAACGGCGUGUUAUUAUUAUUACUAUUACUCAGUAUUGUGUCGUUAUAGUGGUAUUGUAGUUUUUCCACGGGUACCUCCGACGUUCACAGCACUUAUUCACAAUAAAUACUCAAAAUGCACUUACCUGCAUAAAAUGAUAAGACGAAGUUUUGGAACUCUUUCAUCAGCAAGCGGACUCCGACCGUGUCUUGCCUCGUUGCCACUAGGAAACGACCGAACGCAACACCGGCAAUCGUGGCCACAAUGACUAUCAACCCUCUGUGCUCCAACAACUAUGCACACAUAUUUGCCGUUGUCGUAGUAUACUGGAUCGUUUCCAUUGUCGUGGUGUUCAUCAAUAAGGCUUUGUUGAGUUCCCAAGAGUUUGACAUCAACGUGCCACUAUUCAUCGCUUGGUUCCAAUGUUUGGUUUCGGCGUUAAUAUGUUUUACGUUCAGCAUACUGUCAAUUGUGUUUCCAAAAAUAAUUCGGUUUCCCAGAGGAAAUCCAUUGCAAUGGCAGACCAUUAAAAAAGUGACGCCAUUAACAAUAUUAUUUAUAUUAAUGCUUUCGACAAACAACUAUUGCCUGAAAUUUUUAGGCGUCACGUUUUAUUACGUUGGAAGAUCCCUUACAACAGUAUUUAACGUCAUACUAUCUUAUUUAAUUUUAGGUGAAAAAACGUCCAUGAGCUGCCUUGUUUGUUGUUUCGUAAUAACGAGUGGGUUUAUUUUGGGUAUUGAUCAAGAAAAUCUCGCAGGUUCGUUUUCGGCAGUCGGAACAGUAUUUGGCGUUCUAAGUUCCUUUUCGAUGGCUUGUUAUUCCAUACAAAUAAACAGAUUAUUGCCCGACUUGAACAACCAAAUUUGGUUACUUACCUACUACAACAAUGUGUAUGCCACCGUGUUGUUUUUACCGUUAUUAACGCUCGAAGCCAAGGAAAUCAGCGACUACAGUAAACUGAUGAGCCGUAACUUUGUGCUGUUGAUGAUUGUCGGUGGAGUGUGUGCUCUAUUGGUCAGCUAUGUAACAGCUCUUCAAGUGCAAGUGACAUCGCCAUUGACGCACAAUAUUUCGGGUACAGCCAAAGCGUGUUUCCAGACUGUGUUGGCUUCGUAUGUGUACCACGAAUGGAAGUCCACUCUGUGGUGGUUGUCGAACAUUAUCGUGCUCGGAGGAAGUGCCGCAUACACUGUGGUGCGCAAUCUAGAAAUGGGACAGAAUCAAUAAUUUUUGUCUUAAUGGUUUUACUGGUUGUGUAUAAAAAAACUUCCAAGCUAUCGACAUUUUUUAUUUUAACAUGGCAAUAUAUUAUAUGUAUAUAUUGUUUCUUCACUACGUGUGUUUUAAAAAUUACUUGGAAAAAAUAAUAAUCAAAUUCUGAUGAAAUGUUUUAAUGUAUUUGGAAGUUAUGUAAUUGACCAUAUACUAAAACUAUAUUAGAUUAGCCUUAAAUAUCUACAAUUUAGUAGUUAGAGGCAAUUUUUUUUUAAAGAGGCUUGCCUAAUAAAUAAAUUAUGAAACUAUGUAAAAAUAUCCAGAGCAAAAAUUGUUCUAGGAAAAAUAUGUCCCAAAUAUUUUAAACGUAAACGUAUGUGGAUCCUUUGAGCGUUAUACUCGAAGAGGACGACUUUUAGUUCGUUAACGCUGAAGAUCCAGAAAACUGGGUUUUAAAAUUAAAGAUUCUUUUAAGUACUUUUAUGUACUAUUCUUUUUAUGUACUUCUUGUUAUUAUACAACUUAAUAAAAUAAAUAUAUUGUAAUACGAUAUGUACAACAUAUCAAAUUUCUGGAUAUUAUUUUAGUGUUUUCAUAAUAUCUGGCCUAAAACAAUUCAUAGGAAUAUGACCUCUUAAAUUAUUGAAUAUAUUAUUCAGUUCUAGUUUGAACGUUGUGAACAUAUAUGCCCCCAACCCCUCCCUCACACCCAUCCUUUAAAAAAAUGUAUUUAUGUGGUUUGUGCAAUCAGCGAUUUAUUUAUGCUAUAUACCUACUUUUGUUUGAAAUAAAGAUAUGGAGAUAAUUGUAUUAAAACUUAAGUAAAUAGGUGUACAAGAUAGAGAGCAUUGAAAGCAUUUAUUCAGGAUAAUUUGGUUGGCAAGUCUAAUAAUGAAUCAUAUUUUCUUUAACAGCUGGGCCUGUGCACAAUACCAUCUUUCUUAACAUAUCUUAACUGAACCACAAAGCAUAUAAUUUCCCCUUGAGCCACAAAUAUAACAUAGUUUAAUUGCCUGUGGUCCACUAAAAGACAAAUUAAUAGUAAAGAAUAAGCGUGUAAAAUUAUGUUACUUAUCUAGUUGGAAUUUUCUUUUAUGAUAAUUUGGACAAAAAUAAAUUUUAGCAUUACAAUCAGAAUGUCGUUCUAAUAAUUCAGCAGCAUAAACGUUUGGGUCAUUUUCCCAUUAAGCAUCUUCGUGACUAUAUUUUUUCAGAAUAAGGUUCUCUCCAUUGUAUUUUUUUCCUCGCGAUUUAAGAGUAUUUUUUUAUUCUCAAAAGAUAAAUAUAAUUUUAUUACUUAAAUAUAUUUUUGAUUUUAUGCUUAUAAAAAUAAAAACUAUGAAGUAUAUUUUGUUUUAAACCCCUUCACUUUAAAUCUUCUCAAAUAACUAGGUCGUAUAAGCGGUAAAUUAAUAAUAGAAAUGAUUUUGAAAGAAAAAUUAAAAAAGUAAGCGGAACAGGUCUAAAAAACAAAUUGAUUGGCCUAAUAUGAAACCUAACAAAUAAAACAUGCAGUUUCACUUUGAAUUAUCACCCAUCACACAUUUUAUUUAAACUUUUUUUUUAUAACUGUUAUAUACCCAAAACCAACACUUUACACUGAAGAAUACGUAAUAAAGGUCGAAGAUUUCAUAAUGUCAGGAAUUUGCAAUAGGCCAUCUUUUCUGACUUUACCUAAUGUCACAAAUUGCCCGUGCAUUUAUUAUAUUAUCCUAAAUACCCCAUGAAAGUACUUGGCAUUAAUCUUUAACGAUAAUUCUAAUUUUUAUCUAUUAACUAACCAUACAUUUAUAAGUCUUAAAUUUAAUCUUUGUACAGUUAACGUUUCAAUUAAGGAAAUUCAUCCAGUACAAUUAUGGAACAUCAAUUACUUUCAAAGUACAAAGUGGUAGGCCCAGCUACAAAAAUUCGUUGAUAGGAUGCACAGGGUCAACUAAGUCGUUUAUUUUUUCAUUUUUGUAAAGUCUUAUCAUCAGGACCGAAAUAAUUAUAACUGUAUGGACCCGAGAAAACGUAGACGGGAAUUUAAAUCUAUCCAAUGGUUGCAUUAUGCAUAGCAAACGAACAAAUUGUUUGUCGCUUUAGCUUGACGGACUUAGGAAAUUUCGAAACUCACCUAUUGUCAGCAGCGCACUUUUUGGUAAAUCCAGAUAGCGCCUCUUUAGCGAUACUAUCUUUGGCAACUGGUAUGAGUAAUCCACACGCAUUAUUAAAAUUUCCUAGUAUACCAAUCAAAUUUAAACCCCUAGACAUUACCUACACCGCAAACAACUAGGUACCAUCCGACAUCCAGUGAAUAAAGCCUAGACCAAUAGGUGUGGUGCGACCAACACUUAGAAGUUCAAUCACUUUAGGAGUAAAAGCAGUUAAUAACCAUUAACUGAAAUAAAACUAAAAAAUAAAAAAAACAAAUUAGCCUUAGGUACAUGCUCAAUUCUUUGCUAAUCAACCAAACUUCUAAUGGAACAUUUUUUUUUCUAUACUUUAGUUUUUAGUUUUUUUUUAUUAACCCUGUAUGUAAUCGCUAACUUAUUAUAAUAU